UUUCUUCAUUUCCAUCAUCAUUCAUCAGCGCAACAGCGGAAUUUCGGCUCUCCUUGAGUCCUUUCCGCGUCUCUCUCUCUGCCAAAAGUGCUCAUCAAAUUCAACAAAAGAAAAAAGAAAAACUUCUUUGAAAAUUUUUGUAUUUUUUAUGAUAAAUUCUUCGCCGGCUGUUCGACGAAAUCUUAUUGGAGAAGAAGAUUCUCAUUGUCGUCGUUUUCCCUGGUCAACACCGUUUCCUGGAUAAACAGCCAAGGCCUUCUUAAGCUCCUUUUGAUUGGAUAUGGUCAGAAUCGAGAGCCCAUUUGAAUUUCGAUUUCCUGGUCAAAUUUGGGAUUUUUCUUUUUGGUGUUUUGAUAGUGCCAAAAUAAGGGUUCAUUUCGGUUCUGAUAGCUCCUCCAGCUAAUAUUCAUUCGAGCCUAUUUAUAUUGAUUCUUUGUGUCAUUGGAUUCAAUAUUUUGACGUUUUAUGGAAAAUAAAUUCUGGGUUUUGUUUGUUUGAUUGAGUGCUGAUCCCCAAGUUUCAAUAUUUGGGCACAAAUUGUAUCAGGGUGUCGCAGAAUUUGUAUUUAGGUGAUAGAUGAGUUUUGGAUAUUCGUCUUCACAAAAAUUAAUGUUGGGUAUGGUCGAAUAUUUUAGGGCAGCUUUGGAAAUUCUUCUUCACAAGUAAGCAUUUUGUAGCUUUGCAUUAUGACGGUAUUUUAGGGUUUUGCUUCAGUAAGGGGUUUCACCAUUGAUGAAAUGAGAAGAACAUUGUAUAAUGACAUUGGUGAUUCAACAACAAAUGGUUCGCCUACAGUCAAAUUAUGUCAUGUUCUUGUUAAUAUUGCUUUGUGCAUCUUUGGUGGAGAGCUUGGAACACAGAAAGGACUCACAGGAAGUGUCUCUGAGUCAAUUAAUCGAUCCAAUGACUGGGGAGGUUGAUGAGGGCAUGGCGAAGCUAUUAUGCAUCACUUGCAGGCUAGACUUAAUUCAUGUAAAAGAAGCUAGUGAGGAUCUCAACCUCUGUUUCCCUGAGAAGACAUCUGAUUUAACUAGUGAAAGUAAUUCAAAGAGUAGGUUACCAACAAAAGAACAUGUUUGGAAAAUGAUUAAAGUCCAGAAUCCCCAGUUAAAGCAAACUCUUCAAGAUUGUAUGAGAAAGAACAAAAUUCUAUUCCAUGUUUCUGGAGAAAGUGGCUCUAAUGUUCAGCAAACUGGGUGUCUUGAUUCUGUAUUGCCUAAACCCACUGGUCCAAAAAGGAACUUGCUCCAGAGCAUUGCGGAGGCACCAGCCUCUGCCCCUGUCCCUAAUGAUGGAUCGUCUUUGCCAACUGCUGAUCUGGCAACUUCUCCAGUUUCUACUCCACUUCCACGAAGGUCAUUUUUGUCUCGAGGGCGUGCAGAUACACAAGUUGCUUCUGAGAGUGAAAGAAAUAAUAUAAUAAUUUUGGCAGUAGUUAUGACUGCAGCAGGGACGUUGGUUUUUGUAGCAUUGAUGUUUCUUUGCUUUUUACACUUUUGUCGAGGAAGCUCUGGGAGUAGUCUAAAUGAUGAAAAACCUCUUCUUAGCCUGAGCUUAAGGGACUCCUCUACUGGUUCUUCUAGUAAGUCUUUUGGUUUGGUAAACUCUAUUAAAGAUGAGAAGGUUGAUCAUCAAUCUUUUAGUAUGAACUCAAGCCAUCAUAGAAGGGACUCAUCUUUGGACAGCAUCAAAUCUGAUGCUCUUCUUGUCCCACCAGAUGAAAUUGCAUUUUCAGCUGAAUCAAUUGGGAGAUCUAGCAAUGCUGUUGCUCCGCUACCUCUUCCUCCUGGAAGGGUUGAGAGUAUGCUUCCUUUGAAGCCUCCUCCCGGGAGGGUUGACAGUACGCCUCCUUUGAAGCCUCCUCCUGGGAGGGUUGAAAGUACGCUUCCUUUGAAGCUUCCUCCUGGAAGGGUUGAUAGUACCCUUCCUCCUCCCCCUGGAAGGGCAGUUCCCCUUCCUCCUGAACCACCUGCUUCUCUCAGGUCUCCCAGUAGCAAGGCUGCUUCUCCUCCCGCUCCUCCACCACCUGGUGCACCCCCGCCUCCUCGUGCAGGAGCUUCUGAUAGCAUGGGUCCUCGUCCUCCUGGACCACCUCCUUCGCCACCUGCAGCUCCUGGUGCCAAAUCUGGUCCACCUCCACCACCUCUAAAGGGUGGUCCAGCUCCUCCCCGACCACCACCACCAUUGCCUGGGGGUGCAAAGGGUCCUCGUCCACCUCCUGGAUUAAAGCGUCCACCUAAUGCACCACCAGGUGAACGGGAUGGUGCAGAGGAUGGUGCCAAUACUCCUAAAGCAAAGCUGAAGCCAUUUUUCUGGGAUAAAGUUCUAGCCAAUCCUGAUAGUUCAAUGGUUUGGCAUCAGAUUAAAGCAGGAUCAUUCCAGUUCAAUGAGGAGAUGAUAGAAACACUAUUUGGAUAUGCACCAGCUGAAAGAGGCAGAACUGAUCGCAAGAAAGAGUCUUCCUCCCAAGAUACACCUCAGUAUAUUCAGAUCCUUGAUACCAAAAAGGCGCAAAAUUUAUCAAUUCUUCUGCGGGCGCUGAAUGUUACAAUAGAAGAAGUCCGUGAUGCUCUUAAUGAAGGAAACGAGCUUCCUGUAGAACUCAUACAGACUCUGUUGAAAAUGGCCCCUACAGCAGAUGAAGAACUGAAGCUCAGGCUGUACACUGGUGAACUUUCUCAACUUGGGAGUGCUGAACGGUUCCUGAAAGUGUUGGUUGACAUUCCGUUUGCUUAUAAACGAUUGGAAUCACUGCUUUUCAUGUGUACUCUACAGGAGGAUGUUGCCGCUACUAAGGAAUCCUUGGGAACCUUGGAGGUUGCUUGCAAGGAACUCAAAAGCAGUAGAUUGUUCCUAAAGCUUCUAGAAGCGGUUCUUAAAACUGGCAACCGCAUGAAUGAUGGAACAUUCCGUGGCCGUGCUCUUGCAUUUAAACUCGAUACACUUUUGAAAUUAUCUGAUGUAAAGGGAACAGAUGGUAAGACCACACUGUUGCACUUUGUUGUUCAGGAGAUAAUCCGUACUGAAGGUGUGAGAGCUGCCCGAGCUGCAAGGGCGAGUCGAACAUUCUCAAAUAUUAGUGUGCAAACUGAGGAUCUCAUUGAUGAUGACGUUAUCCCUGAGACAGAAUUUGACUAUUGCAAAAUGGGUCUUGAGGUGGUUUCGCGUUUGAGCAGUGAACUAGAAAAUGUGAAGAAAGCAGCAGUUGUUGAUGCUGAUAACUUAACGGGAACUGUUGCCAAACUUGGGUAUGCACUGCUAAAAAACCAAGAUUUCCUGAACAAAGAUCUGAAGAGUUUAGAGGAAGAAAGUGAGUUCCAUGAAGUAUUAAAAGGUUUUGUGCAGAAUGCUGAGGGUGACAUAAUGAAGUUGCUGGAGGAAGAGAAGAGAAUAAUGGCUCUGGUAAAGAGCACUGGGGAUUACUUCCAUGGGAAUGCAGGGAAGGAUGAAGGCUUACGUCUGUUUGUUAUUGUGCGGGACUUCUUGGUCAUCUUAGAUAAGGUGUGCAAACAGGUGAGGGACGCGCAAAAGAAUUCAGAAAAAUUACAGAAAAAAGAAUCAACAACUUCAGACAAAUCAUUGAAGAAAGAAUCAUCAACUGCAUCAUGCCAAUCCUCUGCAGAAAAAUCAUUGAAUAAAGAAUCAUCAACUGCAUCAUGCCAAUCCUCUGCAGAAAAAUCAUUGAAUAAAGAAUCAUCAACUGCAUCAUGCCAAUCCUCUGCAGAAAAAUCAUUGAAUAAAGAAUCAACUGCAUCAUGCCAAUCCUCUGCAGAAAAAUCAUUGAAUAAAGAAUCAUCAACUGCAUCAUGCCAAUCCUCUGCAGAAAAAUCAGUGAAUAAUGAAUCAACUGCAUCAUGCCAACCCUCUCCAGAAGAAUCAUUGAAUAAAGAAUCAUCAUCAACUGCAUUAUGCCAAUCCUCUGCAGAAAAAUCAUUGAAUAAAGAAUCAUCAACUGCAUCAUGCCAAUCCUCUCCAGAAAAAUCAUUGAAUAAAGAAUCAUCAACUGCAUCAUGCCAAUCCUCUCCAGAAAGUUCCUUGAAUAAAGAAUCAUCAACUGCAUCAUGCCAAUCCUCUCCAGAAAAUUCCUUGAAUAAAGAAUCAUCAACUGCAUCAUGCCAAUCCUCUCCAGAAAAAUCACUGGAUAAAGAAUCAUCAACUGCUUCAUGCCAAUCCUCUCCAGAAAAAUCACUGGAUAAAGAAUCAUCAACUGCUUCAUGCCAAUCCUCUCAAUCCUCUCCAGAAAAAUCAUUGAAUAAAGAAUCAUCAACUGCAUCAUGCCAAUCCUCUCCACUCCAACACGUGUCUCCUGAUAUUCGUUCACGAUUAUUUCCAGCAAUUCAAGAGCGAAAGAUUGAAAGUUCUAGUUCAGAUGAUGAGAGUGAAUGAAGCGAGCCAUUUUAGGAUGAAAGUUGUGUUCCAAAGGUGCCCUUGUACAAAAUAUGGGAUGAAUGAAAAGCAAUUGAGGCUCUGAAUUUCAUUGCAUUGGCGGAACAAACAUCAACCACUUUCACCACAUUUCUCAGUGGACAGAUGAAUUCCCAUGCAGCUAACUUGUGCAUUACUAGUUAGAUACUUUUUUUUUUUUUUCCUUUUUAACUUGAAAUUCUUUAUUUUUCUUUCCCCCAGAGGUUAACGUGGAGUAAAUAGUAGUUAGUUGGAAAUGUAAUAUUCUUUUUUUUCCCCAGAGAUUAUUAAAGGGGAGAAGUUAGCAAGGUAGUUACUCCAAUUAGAAGAAGUUGGUGCUGUAUUAAAUUUUGAAGGAAAAGUAUCUAUUUUUUUAAUCGCCCCAUUUUGC